CCUCGGGGUCUGGGCUGCGUCCCGCGGGCCCCGGGGAUGGCGUCGAAGCCGCGCUGACGCCGUUUCUCCUUGGACCAAGAUGACCGAUGGCGCCCUCUGCCCCCCCACAAAUGGCAUAGCCACGAUGGGCGUGGUGGACGGCCGCCCGGGCCACCCAGUGCCACGCCUGCUGCACCCCGUGAGUCUCAAGGUGCCCCCUCCCCCGCUGUGGCUGGAGCCGGAAACUGGGACCAGGGAGGACCAGCGGAGCCUGCAGUCUGCAGACUCGGGCAUCCCCACCCUCGAGAUCAGCGACCCUGAGCCGGUGUCCACACGCAGGAGGCAGCCCGAGGGUGCAGAGGUGCGUGCCGUUCAGCGGGUCUGCCAGAGCGCCUGCCCACUGCCCUCCUAUGCGCCUGGCACAGCCCCCCGUGCCCCCGAGCAUGAGCUGUGUGUCCCCAAGUCCUCCACCUUCCCCCGGACCGGCUACGACUCGGUGCGGCCUUACAGCCCCGGCACUAGGGCAGCGCGUGGCAGCGACCAUGGCUCUGUGGGCAGCGCCUCAAGCCUGGGCACGGAGCUGUCAGCCAGCAAUGAGGACGUGCCCGACCUCACGGUCACCAGCAGCUCCAGCGCUAUUGUCACCUUGGAGACGGACGAGGACCCCCACUUCACUGACAUCACCCUGAGUGCUGGCAGGGCCGGGACUGGGUUGCUGCGGGAGCAGGCGCAGGAGGAACCAACGGACGCAGGGAGCAAGCCCGGCCUGCUCGGGUCCCUCGGAGGCUUCUUGUCCAGGAACUUGCUUGCUAGGAAACAAAAUGCAAGACAUGACAAACAGAGUGACCUGGGAUGGAAGUUAUUCGGAAAAGUGCCACUGCGAGAUGGUGCGCAGAGAGAGGCCCAGAAAACGCAGCAGGAAUGUGAAGACAAAUCUGGUGCCCACAGCAAGCCCCCAUCUCCGAAGCAGAGUGUGCGCAAGAGCCUGGACUUUGAGCCCCUCUCCACCACAGCUCUCAUUCUGGAGCAUCGGCCGGCAAACCUCCCGGCUAAGCCCGCAGAGGAGGCGGAGAAACAUAAGCAGGAGUAUGAGGAAAUGGUGGUCCAGGCCAAGAAGCGAGAACUGCGAGAGGCCCAGCGGCGGCGGCGUCAACUGGAGGAGAGAUGCCGACUGGAGGAGCACAUCGGCAACGCUGUCCUCACGUGGAACAACGAGAUCCUGCCCAACUGGGAGACUAUGUGGAGCUCCAGGAAGGUGCGAGAACUCUGGUGGCAGGGGAUUCCUCCCAGCGUGCGAGGCCGGGUCUGGAGCCUGGCUAUCGGCAACGAGCUAAACAUUACCCAUGAGCUCUUCGACAUCUGUCUGGCCCGUGCCAAGGAGAGGUGGCGGUCUCUCAGCACAGGUGGCCCCGAGGUUGAUAGUGAAGAUACGGGAUUCUCAGCCGCAGACCGAGAGGCUAGCCUGGAGCUCAUUAAACUGGACAUUUCCAGAACAUUCCCUAAUCUCUGCAUUUUCCAGCAAGGAGGCCCAUACCACGACAUGUUGCACAGCGUUCUGGGUGCCUACACCUGCUACCGGCCAGACGUGGGUUAUGUGCAGGGCAUGUCCUUCAUUGCGGCCGUGCUCAUUCUCAACCUGGACACCGCGGACGCCUUCAUCGCCUUCUCGAAUCUCCUCAACAAGCCCUGCCAGAUGGCCUUCUUCCGUGUGGACCACGGCCUGAUGCUGACUUACUUUGCUGCCUUCGAGGUCUUCUUCGAAGAGAAUUUGCCCAAACUUUUUGCUCAUUUCAAGAAAAACAACCUGACCCCCGACAUCUACCUAAUUGACUGGAUCUUCACCCUAUACAGCAAGUCGCUGCCGCUGGACCUGGCAUGCCGUGUGUGGGACGUGUUCUGCCGGGAUGGAGAGGAAUUCCUUUUCCGCACAGCACUGGGCAUUCUGCGGCUGUUCGCUGACACGCUGGCCCGCAUGGACUUCAUCCACAUGGCGCAGUUCCUCACCCGCCUGCCUGAUCGCCUGCAGGCCCCAGAGGUCUUCGCAUCCAUUGGCGCCAUCCAGAUGCAGAGCCGCAACCGGAAGUGGGCCCAGGUGCUGACCGCCCUGCAGAAGGACAGUCGGGAACUAGAGAGGGGCAGCCCGUGUCUCCGGCACUGACCACCGCCGCCUGUGCCAGGCGCCUCCUGGCCGCUUCCAGAUACGCAUCCAUCUUGGCGUCCCGCACCUGUGCCGCCACUCUGUGGCUGACUUCAACCCAGAGCAUUCAGCAUUUGGAUGGAGAAGAAUGAAGCGGAGACGGGAAAGAGUUAUGCCAGCAGUGUGGAUGGGCCUGGCAGCUCAGAAGUCUCCCCUCUCCGCCAAAGUUCAUUAAAUUGUGAUGCUUUUAUGGCACUGACCAGAAGGAACCUGCCCGUGUUUCUUGGCCAAGACCUGGGAGGAGGCAGUUGGCGUGCUUCCUGUGCUUCCUCUCAAGAUGGGGCUACUAGGCCAGGCACUCUCCACUCCCCCCAGGGCAGCUCACCACGUAGCCCUGGGAUGCUGGAGGCAGCAGGAGCGCUGGCUGAGAAGAGGGUCCUCACGUGUGGCAGACCUGCACAACCGUUCCUGUGGAGAUGAAGGCUGGGGGUGGCCUUUGGUCUGGAAAGGGGGUUCCAUACCCACCAAGGCCUGGCUCUGAUGAUUCCCCUCUCUUCCUAGUCCCUGAGCCCCUGAGCCCCUUGGCGAGCCCUGGGUGCCCUACCCCUUCUCAGGGUUCCCCAGCCAGCCCCAUCUCAGCCUGACUCCCUCUGUCCAUGGAGGCUGGACAUGGGGUUGAUAAAUAGAGCACUUGGGCUUAGGAAGCCGCCAGCAGCACCUUAGCACCAGGCUGGAGGCAGGUGAGCUCCAGAAACCCACAAUUUACCCCUAACAUUCCUGCACACCCCUUCUCGGCCACUUGCUCCGGCCUAUAGUGGCCCUGGGCACCUUCCACCUGGUGUGUCACGAGCAGCCAGCAUCAAGGUAAUGUCACAGUUCUGACUGGUGACACUGCUAGGGCCAGCAGUGAGUGACCUCCCUACUGGACGGGCUUCAGGGACAUCACAUUUGCCUGGCACCCAGCAGAGCCCCCACCCCCAGCCACUGCUGUCUCCAUGUGUCCUCACUGUGUGCCCGGUUCCACUCUCGAAAACUUUCCUUAUGUGGGAUACGUCCCCGUGGCCCAACACUGGGCCCCAUGCACGGGAGGGAGGGUGCCCUCAGGUCUUCUGGCCUCCUCCCUCCUCGUGCCCCCACCCCCCGCUGCAUCCCAGCCUGGCCGCCUUCCCAAGAGGCCUUAUGAGACUGGCCUGGCAGAAGACUGCUUUGGACUCCUUACUCGCCCCGAUCAAACCAUAGGGGCUGAGCCAGGGUGGCUCUGCCAUACCUGGGCCCUUUGGCUGAGAUGCCAGCACUGAUGGGCGUGGCUCUCAGGCUCCUAGAACUUGUCUGCUGUGAAAACUGGCCCUCGCUAUAUUUGCCCUUUUCUGAAGGCUUGUACAGUUGCCUUUUUGUUUUACUUAGAAUCCGAUGAGGAUUUUUUUUGAAUUGUAAAUGAUAACCAUUUUAUUAAAGAAAAAUCAUGCAAAAA